AUGUUGACACAUGCAACUGAAUCCUUCAAACCCACUCAUAAACAAUCCACGUCUACUUCUCCUGCAACUUCUACUCCGACCCCCAACAAUUCUAGCACCGCCACCUCUCCGCAUUUCAACUAUCGCUCUCUUUUUACUGGCAGCAGAUAUGAAUCCGCUUCUCCCACUAGUCCCUCCUCAUACGCGCAACAAACUCCGCACUCUACACCAUAUCCACCAUUCUACUCUCAAUUAUAUUCAAGCGCACCAACGUCUGCAGAUCAGUAUCAACAGUCUCAACAAGCAUCACGAAGAGCUUCAAUGGGUGAUUCUGCACAAAGGAGAGACAAUAGCAUUGACGCUUCGCGUAGAACUUCAGUUGAUCAAUUAUCGAGGAGAACUGAUGUGGGUUAUGGAAAUAAUCAAUAUAGAACGGGCGGUCAUUAUAGACCAGGCGAAUUGAGUCAUCAAUCGUCAUUGAUGCCUGACAUUCAGUCGCAAAAAGGGUACAAUCAGUAUCCUACAGUACAACAUAGUCAAGGACAAAACCAGUAUAACGUCAACAGUUCGAUAAAAAAUCCAAUGAGGUCACCGUCUUAUUCACAUCCUCCAGGAUCUACGCAUCAUCUACCAUCUAUGCAACAUCACGUAAUGAUUCAACCAGCGCCACCGAAACCGUCGCCGCCGCCGCUACAAUUCACUUCUCAAGCUUCUAAUCCUCGUCUAAUCAGGCCAGCCCCUCCCCCUCCGAAGUUGAGGGAAUUUGCAGAACUUAAUAGGUUAUUGCCACCACAACAAUCGGUACAAACAAAUGCUGCACCCGCGUUACCACGGGCAAUAGCUCCGGCGCCAACAGGUGUUGAGAACGAUGGGAGGUGUGGAAGUAGCGAUAAUAUUAGUGGACAACCUAGUCCAAAUGCACAACAGACGGGAAGCGUCCAGCAGAAUGAGAGUAGUGUGCUACAGAGUGGUAAUGGACAGGGUGGGAAUGUUAAUGGGCCGCUGACUCCCCAGGACGCUGCCCAACAAAACGAAAUCCCGCGGAAACGUGCUUUUGCAUGGAUGCCUACGAUAACAGAAGAAGCUGGUCAUAAAAAAUACAAACAAGCACCACCUCCGGAACCACCAAGACCUAUUAACGUUAACGGUAAUGACAUUAGGAGAGUUAAAUCUCCAACAAUAACGUCGCCACGCACACCGACACAUAAGCCGAUACCACCGCAUUCACACUCAAUGCAGCAGACCGAAAUGCAGAUGUCUGGUAAAGAUAACGUUGACGCAGAGGAAAUUGCCAAGAAAGAGCAAGAAACGAUUAUGAUUCUUCAGUCACUGAUAAACAACAAGCGCCUCAACGGUGAAAUAACGGUUUCUGAGCCCAUAUCCUCUUCAUCGACGCCGGUUCCAAUGGAUAUAGACAGAAGCGUUAGACAUAAUCCGGAACAAGCGACUGCACCCGACGAUACAGGUAACUCAACUACAGUGCCAAAAAGAUCAUCUUCAACUUCUUCACUGGGAAAAAAAGACUUGGUUCCGGCCAAAGACGAUCCACCAGGAGAGAUACUCGUUACAAGUCAACGCGAAGUUCUACAAGAGGCCGAGCCGUCGACAAUAAAAGAUCUCGGGGCAAGCGCAGGCGACGAGUCCGAUGAUUUGGCUAUGGAUGAUUGUUCUGAUGAUGAAGUUAACAGUGAAAACGGUGCUGACGAUGACAAGAAUAAUAACAAUAAUGAUAACAACGACACAAAUAAAACGAACAUAGACAAGAAUAGUUAUCCACCGUCACCUGUUCGUAAAAUGACAAUUGAUAGUAGUCUUGGGUGGAACAGCGAUGAACUGGAAACCGAAGACGAGGUUGAAGAAGAGAUUGUUAUUCAGUUUCCAAUGUUGAUUUAUAAUAGCGCUAGUUCUUCCGGGAUUGUUACCGAGGGUAAACCCUUGGUUUCCUCGCCUAAAGAAUGUGCAUUUUCACUAGAAAACGGUUCUCUGGGUAUUGAUUCAAAAGAUUGUGAGAGCGGUGAACGUAGUGGGGCAAAUGAAGAAACGUUACCACCUACGAGAAAAAGUUCCAACGCUACUAUCAUAUCACUAUCUCGCAAAGGAUCAAAUUCAUCAAGUGCGAGCACUGAUUCUAAACCACAUGAGCCUGUCAUGUCGCCGACAGUGCGUAGGAAAUCGACGCUGAAAGAUUCAUCGGACGAGAAACUUGAGCUUGACAAGAUCGAAUGGGAAAAAAACAUUGAUCUUCCUUCAUAUAUUUGGGCCGAAACUAUAUGUUUGUUUGAGCAAGUCAAGCAGUUCAAAGAGAUGAAGAAUCGUCAACCACAUCGGAAGAAAAAUCAUAUAUUGGCUUCAUUGUUGUACAUUCUGUGUAGACAGCACGGAUUACCGCGAACUUUUAUGGAAAUCUGUAGUGCAGCUGGGAUUAGGAAGCAAGAGAUCGGGACUUAUUAUCGUUUAAUGAACAAGUUAUUGAGUAAUAAUGGUUUGAGUGUGGGAGCAAACGGACCGAACAAGAUGGUGGAUUCUGCCGAGUUUCUGAAACGCUGGUGUCAACAUCUUAGACUCCAAUCACACAUUCUCGACGCGGCAAUCCACGUUUACAAACAAGCCAACACUCAAAACAUUACUACGGGCAAAUGUCCGUUAUCUGUUGGGGCAGCAGCUAUUUGGCUCUCUGUAAACUCGUGGAACGAAGCCAGAACGCAGCAUUGGAAUCGGUCGCAUGAAGAUGAUGAAUACAUCCGUCUUGAACAAAAGGACGUGGCACAAGUUGCCGGCGUGGUUAAUGCGACAUUAAACAGCUGCUAUAAAACGCUGUCGCAAGUCAAGGACAAUCUGUUGCCGCCAGAAUUUUUAGAGAAAGCUAAAAAACUACCAAAUAGAAGGCAACCGGCCGUAGAAAGUAAGAAUGGUUCCGAUAAUAGACGGGGCAGUAGUGAGAGUGGGGACGAAACUGUAGAGAUAAAGGAAGAAAGUGUGGAAGUGAAAGUUGAGGUUGACAGUCUUGAAGAGAGUUUUAGGAAAAGUACAAUUAGAAAUAAGAAGAUUGAAGUAGAGGAAAAAAGACUUCAUCACAGAAAAUUGAAAGGUUGA